GGUUAGGUGAGAUCGUCCGUUUCUUGCCCAGCCAGAGAUUCUGGGUCUCACAAGCAAGAGAUUCUUUCAUCAAACUCAAACUGUGGCCGAGUACCAAACAAUCCUGUCAUCUACUGUUUAAAGCCCCAAUCUACUUCUGACUAAAAUUUCUGGGCUUCUAAUGCACGUGGAAACUUUUCUUCUCAUUCUUUAGCAUCUUCAAAGGUCGGCCAAAAUCAUCGAGAGCUCCGGAGGAGAACAAGAACCAUGUUUCCACUCAUUGAUUCUCUGUCCACUUUGCUAAUUUUUUCCUUCAUCAUCGGUUUUGUGGAUGCAAUUCAGGGAAACUAUCACGAAGAAUACGCAAAUCAGGUUCUCGAGUCAGCCAAAAUGCAUAAAGAUUGGUUGGUUUCUGUAAGAAGGAAAAUUCAUGAAAACCCAGAACUCAAAUUCGAAGAAUACAAUACAAGUGCACUUAUCCGCAGUGAACUCGAUAAACUUGGCAUCUUUUAUGAAUACCCUUUUGCCCAGACUGGAUUGGUUGCCCUUAUUGGCUCUGGGACAUCCCCUGUAGUUGCCUUAAGAGCUGACAUGGAUGCCCUUCCUUUGCAGGAACUAGUUGAGUGGAAGCAUAAGAGUAAAGUUGAAGGAAAAAUGCACGGGUGCGGGCAUGAUGCCCACACAACAAUGCUGCUUGGUGCUGCUAAGCUACUGAAUGAACGAAAGCACUAUCUAAAGGGUACUGUGAGACUUCUAUUCCAACCUGCAGAGGAGGGAGGAGGUGGUGCAGCUUACAUGAUAAAAGAAGGUGCUCUUGGAAGUGCAAAAGCAAUAUUUGGAAUGCACAUUGAUUAUGAACUACUGACAGGGGCCAUCGCAAGUAGACCAGGCCCUGUUUUAGCUGGUGCAUCCUUCUUUGAAGCAAGAAUAGAAGGAAAAGGCGGACAUGCUGCAGGACCUCAGAGUACCAUGGAUCCAAUACUUGCCACAUCAUCUGUGGUUUUGGCAUUGCAACAAAUUGUCUCCCGGGAAGUAGAUCCUCUCCAUAGUCAAGUGCUUACUGUUACUUAUGUCAGAGGUGGGAAUGCAUUGAAUGUAAUUCCACCCUACGUUGAACUGGGAGGAACUCUAAGAAGUUUAUCGACUGAAGGCUUGCAUAGACUAAUGGAGAGGGUAAAAGAGGUUAUUGAAAAACAGGCUGCAGUACACAGAUGUAAAGCAUAUGUUGACUUGAAAGAGACGGAGUUGCCGCCAAAUCCUGCUUGCACAAAUGAUGAGAGCUUGCACGAGCAUGUACAAAGGGUUGGCUCACUCCUCCUUGGUCCUGCCCAUGUGAAAGAAGCUAAAAAGGUUAUGGCUGGAGAAGACUUCGCCUUCUAUCAAGAGGCGAUUCCCGGAGUCAUGUUUAACAUUGGGAUUCGGAAUGAGAAUGUGGGCUCAGUAUAUUCUCCACACUCUCCGUAUUUCUUUCUGGACGAGGACGUCUUGCCAAUUGGUGCAGCAAUACACACCGCUGUUGCAGAGCUAUAUUUGAGCGAGCGGUUUUGACCAUUCAGUUGUACCGGAUAAAUUAUCGAGUGUGAUGAGGGUCUGCGUAAUACAUGUGCGAGUUGUAUUCAAUGCCCGGGUCUGCAUGUAUACAUUUCGUCAAUUGGAAUUUGGACAGAGUUGCUUUGGAUA